AUGUGCCGCAACACACAAGAGGAUCAAAACCUCUGUCGCGAGGUUCUAAGCCAAGUUGAUGGGUCCUCUUCUUCUGACCCGAAAGCAUACAUCGAUGCCGCCGUGAAUGAUAUCAGAGACGGCGUCACCACCGCCUUAAAGAUGAUGACGAUUAAGGAGGAGUUCUCCAAAGAUGACAACGGAAUCAAGAUGGCCAUUGAUGGUUGCAAAGAAGUUAUGGAAUCCGCAUUGAGCAGCCUCGACCUUUUCAGCAAUGUGCUUCGCAGCAAUCACGACAUUACCUCCUUGCAAUCGCAAACUCCCGACCUCAAGAACUGGCUUAGUGCCGUUAUCUCAUAUCAGCAAUCUUGUGUUUCCAUCAUAAGUCUCGAUAUUGUUACUGGUUUGGCUAAGAUCAUUGAAGAUCUUGGUCUGCAUGUGGAAAUGAAACCCAUUGCUUCUUCUGGACGUGUUCUUCGCGAAGAGGUUGAUAACGAGGGGUUCCCCGAUUGGUUUUCCUCUUCAGAUCGCAAGUUGUUGGCAAAGGAUGUGAAGUUUCAUGUUCCAAAUGUAGUGGUUGCUAAAGAUGGUAGUGGAAACUUUAGGACGGUUCAGGAUGCAAUUAACUCGUAUCCAAAGACAAAAAAUUUUCAGGAAAGGUACAUUAUCUAUGUUAAGGCGGGGAUUUAUAAGGAGAAUUGUACAGUUCCAUCUCAUGCAAUGAAUAUUUUCAUGUAUGGCGAUGGCCCUACUAAGACCAUUAUCACUGCUAGUAUGAGCAAUGACAUGAGGUUCGAGAAUGCAGCUGGUGCAAAAGGGCACCAAGCAGUUGCACUCAGAAAUGUAGGAGAUUUUUCAGCUUUUUAUAACUGCCACAUACAUGGUUAUCAAGACACUUUGUAUGUUCAAGCUAAUAGACAAUUCUACCGCAACUGCGAAAUUGCUGGAACAGUUGACUUUAUUUUCGGUACAUCCCCCACCAUGAUCCAAAGAAGCAAGCUCAUCGUGAGGAUGCCCUUGCCAACUCAAUUCAAUGUGUUGGUCGCAGAUGGCACCGUCGAAAGGAACAUGACUACUGGCAUUGUGAUUCAGGGAUGCCAGAUUGUUCCAGAUCCAUCUGUCAAAUACCAAAUCAAGACUUAUUUGGGUAGGCCAUGGAAAGAAGGAUCGAGAGCAGUAAUUAUGGAAUCAUAUCUGGGUGAUUGGAUUAAUCCGGAAGGGUGGGCCCCUCAUGCUACCAAUGAGAUGAAAAGCUUCUUAGAUAUUUGUGAGUAUGGAAAUACCGGACCAGCUGUUUCAGUUCAUGGAAGAAUCAAGUGGAAGGGAUAUCGUGGUAUAAUAACCAAGAAUGAAGCCAUGCGAUUCACUGUUGGUGAAUUCCUCAAGGGUGGACCUAACAAUAGUGCUGACCAAUGGUUGAACGCUCUUAGUGUUCCUUUUGAAAGUGGUUUUGUAAGACCAUAA